AUGGAAUACCCAUUGCAUGAUACUGCUGAGGAAGAUGUGUAUGCAGUCUUUGAACCGGAGUUAGAAAAUGGAUUUGAUGUUGCCUCACCAUUUCAAGUUGGCUCAUCCCACGGUGGCCCUGCCGCUGUUGGUGGUGUUGCCAACCCGCUGAUGCAGGCCCCACCGUCCAAGUGGGGGGCCGCGAGUAUUGGCUCCGCGUGGGGGGCGCCGGGAAGUCGACUCGGCACGAUUGGCGGCAGCGUAGGCGCCGCCCGGCCAAUGACUUCUAAUCGCGGUGUGGGCUUCAGCACCACAACGGGAUUCAACAAGGGCGCCAUGUUUGAUCCCACCGGUCAGGGGCGGACGGCAAUGGCGAUGGGACCCGCUCCACCACUCAAGAAGCGAGGAGAUAACAGUCCAGAAGAGCAGUGUAUGGAGGUGGAGAAGCAUAUACAUAAGCUUAUUGAAGAAAGUGCCAUGUUGGCUUUACAGAAGGAUUAUGGUGGGGCAUUGGAGAAGGCUAAAGAAGCGGGAAAGAAGGAACGACAAUUAUGUAAACAACGAGAACAAUUAGGUUUAAUGGAUCAAAUUAAUGCAGAUCUUACCUAUGCCGUACACUUUAACCUCGCAGUUCAAUAUCAAAAUCAUCAACUUUAUAUGGAAGCUCUUAAUACAUAUAAUCUUAUUGUACGAAACCUUCAAUUUCCACAAGCCUCACGUUUGCGAGUAAAUAUGGGUAAUAUUUACGCUGCACAAGGUAAAUACCUUCUUGCUAUAAAAAUGUAUCGUAUGACAUUAGAUGAGACACCCACAGCCUCAAAGGAAUUACGAUAUAAAUUAAUGCGAAAUAUUGGAAAUGCUUUUGUAAAACUUGGACAGUACCGUGAUGCAGUUAGCAGUUAUGAAGCUAUUAUGGAAGGAGGAGGAGAUAUCAAUACAGGAUUUAAUCUUUUACUUUGUCAUUAUGCUCUUGGAGAACCAGAAAAAAUGAAACGAGCAUUUCAAAAGAUGAUAAAUUGCAAAUUACCUGGAGUAGAUGAUGAUGAAGAUAAUGAAGAAGAAGAAAAAGAUGUUUUGGUGGAUGAUGCUCUUCGAAAAAAGAUUAAAGAAGAUCGAUCAAAUUUUUUGAAUUGUAUUAUGACAGCUGCACGCCUUAUAGCUCCUGUAAUUGAUAAAGAUUGGCGUGCAGGAUAUGAUUAUUUAAUUGAACGCUUACGUCACUUUGAGAUGCGUGAUGCUUCUUCACAUGUCGCAAGUGAACUUGAAAUGUGUAAAUGUUUAUAUUAUUUAAAACAUAAAAGUUAUAAAGAGGCAAUUGAUGGUCUUAAGGCAUUUGAAAAGAAGGAUAAGUUAUUAAGAGCUCGUGCAGCUACAAAUUUAGCUUAUCUUUACUUUCUUGAAGGUGACUAUGAGAGUGGUGAAAAAUACAGUGAUAUGAGUCUUGAAGCUAACCGAUAUAAUGCUAGAGCUCUCGUAAACAAGGGAAAUUUUUUCUUUAUUAAAUCAGAUUAUGAAAAGGCAAGAAAUUACUAUAAUGAUGCAUUAGCUGUUGAAGCAGAUAAUAUUGAAGCUAUUUACAAUCUUGGUCUUACUGCUAAACGUCUUGGAUUAUAUGAAGAGGCGUUAAAAAUGUUUAAACGAGUACAAUCACUUGUAGAUAGUCAUGAAGUAAUGUACCAAAUUGCUGAUAUCAAUGAUCUUGUAGGAAGUCCAGGUACGUUGGAAUGGUUUAAUCGUCUUAUUGGUAGAGUCCCAACAGAUCCAAAUAUUUUGGCACGAAUGGGUUCCAUUUACGCACGUGAAGGUGAUGAUAGUCAAGCUUUCCAUUAUUACCUUGAAGCAUACCGUUAUUAUCAAGUAAAUAUGGAUGUCAUUGCUUGGUUGGGAGCAUACUUUGUUAAAAAUGAAGUAUAUGAUAAAUCUAUUCAAUUUUUUGAAAGAGCUGCACAAAUUCAACCUCAAGAAAUUAAAUGGCAACUUAUGGUGGCAUCAUGCUACAGACGUCGUGGUGAGUUUAUUCAAGCAAAACGAUUAUAUGAAACUUUACAUCGAAAGUAUCCAGAAAAUAUGGAAUGUCUUCGUUAUUUGGUUCAUCUUUGUAAAGACAGUGGUCUUGUUGAAGAGGCUAAUGAGUGGUUUAAGAAAAUUAAAAAAUUAGAGCAACGUCAGCAAGAAGAGGCUGAAAAUGUGAAUGGACGAGAAGAAGUUGAUGAUGGUAAUAAGAGCAGUACUGGUCUUAAUAACGCAGGACGACGUGUUCCUGGAGGUUCAUUAACUAGAGAUGAUGAUAUCAUGAAGGAUGAUAUUGACAAUGAGAAUGAGAAACGUCUCGGUUCCGCAUCCAAACCUAAAGCAAACGAUGAAGAAGAUGAAAUUGUGUUGCCAGGUAUUUGA